AUGGUUGGGGACAACCUGGAUGCAGGCCCAAUGGUUGAGGAAAGAAUGAAGGAAAAACUGUGGAAGUUGGGGGAAUGUGGCUCAAGGAGAUCAAAAAGCGUAGGAGGUUGGGGCCAGCCAGCCAGCUGUUGGCUAAACUGGAUGAGGAGGUGGGUGGCUGGGCAAACCAUUCAUUGCUGGGUUGGGUGA